AUGAGUUACGAAUAUAUCUGCGUCCCAGAGGACGCUUUCCAUCCUGGACGAGCCUCUCCAACUUCGGAUUACUUUACAGAUUCUGCAUAUUCGACAUUGGAUAUUGAUCCAGGAAACCCGAGAGCCGGACUGGCACAAAGAUUACAGCACUUGGCUAUUCGAGUGCAAAGUCAGGAUUUAGGAGACGCGACCGCAACCACACUUCACGGAAGACUGGAUGAAAUGGAGCGCCUGCUGGCAGGCCAUUCUUUUGUAGAUUUAGGCAGAGAGGAGGGUAUACAACCAGUCGUGGUGCAAGAGGUAGAUGCGCAGGCGCAAGAUCAAGAUCAAGACCAAGACGAGAGUCAGGAUAGUGAUGAAGACGAUGAGACGAUUGCAGAUGAUACAACUCGAGUAACUAGUUCAGAUGCGCCCACCACAUCUAAGGAAGACGCUAUGAGCGCGACCGGCGCGGUUGGCGAAGAUGAGAGCCGGCAGGACGAGUCCGCCACCAUCGACUCCGAAUUAGAAGAAACUGAGCGCAAAGCCAGGGAGCUUGCGGCUGCGCAGCAGCUUCUUGCGAGGGUAUCGUAUGUGGUAAAGGAACUUCACCUGCGCUACGAAGAACUCAAACAUGUUCAUGAGAUUGCCAUUGCGCGAUCUGAUGAUGAGGCCAGAAGAUCGGCACAAUUAGCAUCGAAAGUAGAAUCAAUGGAAGACGAUCUCUCAGAUGACUGUGCUGAGCUCACCUAUCUCAAAGUACAGCUCAAAGCGCUCGAAACACUAGCAUACCCAUAUAUGCACAUGGCCGAGGACGAGCGACUGCUCGAAGGCAUCGAGGGGUUCAAGCAAGACUGGAAAGCAGUCGAUCAACGAUUUGAAACACGACGACAAAAUUGGCAAGUGUCACCUCGACACAAGGAAAUUGAUCAAGUAUCCAUAAAAUCGUAA